CCUGGUGCAAAUAUGACUGUUUCUGAGGAGAACUUACACAACUUUGGAGCUGUGGACUAUGUCAUCUUUGGAGGGAUGUUGGCCAUCACUGCUGCCACUGGACUCUACCAUGCAUUUGCAGGGGGAGGUCAGAAGACUACUGCCAGGUACCUGAUGGCUGACCGCAGCAUGUUUAGCCUACCUGUGGCCAUCUCAUUGCUGGCAUCGUUCAUGUCAGCAGUCUCCAUACUAGGCGAGCCAUCAGAGAUCUUCGUCCAUGGCGUGCAAUACUGGAUCAUUGAUCUGUCCUUCUUCAUCACCAUCCCAGUCACUGCUGUCUUCUUCAUCCCUGUGUUCCAUGGUUUGGGAGUGACAACUGCAUACGAGUACCUGGAGCAGAGGUUCUCCAUGUCCCUACGGGUGGUGGCUGCCUGUCUCUUCAUCCUACAGAACACCUUCUACAUCGCUGUCAUCCUGUACGCACCUGCACUGGCUUUGGAAGCAGCUACAAAAUUUGAGGUGUGGAAGACAGUAGUACUUGCGGGAACCAUUACAACUCUGUACACAUCCUUGGGAGGAAUGAAGGCUGUGAUCUACACUGACGUCUUCAACUUCUGUGUACUGUUUGUCUCCUUGGUAACCAUCGUUGUCAUGGGAACAGUGAGAGCAGGUGGCAUUGGGCGUGUCUGGGAAAUCAACGCUAAUCACUCCCACCUCAACUUUUUUGAUUUUUCAGUUGAUCCCACCAAGCGUUUGUCCUUCUGGUCGCUGAUAUUCGGAGGAGCUUUCAACACCCUGCCCAUCUAUGCCAUCAGUCAGACAUCCGUCCAGCGUUUUCUCACGGCCAGGUCUCUCAAGGAGGCCAGGAGAUCAGUGUGGAUGAACUUACCUGGUAACGUCCUGCUGGAUGCUGUGGUGGUUUUUGCUGGUCUGGUCUUGUUUGCUUUCUAUAAUGCUACCAACAGUACUGGUCACCAGCUGCACCCAACACCCAACUACACAUCACCUGACCAGAUCCUGGUGUAUUUUGUGAGUGAGGAGUUCGGCAGUAUCCCAGGGAUCCAGGGUCUGUUUGUGUCCUGUCUGUUCAGUGGGACACUCAGUGUUGCAGCUUCUGGGUUCAACGCCCUAGCGACCGUUACCCUGGUGGACAUCAUUCGACCAAUCAGGAACCGGAGAAGACUGCUGUCAUCAUCAGGCAGUACUGCAGGACAGGAGGCCAGGGAUACCUGGAUAUCCAGAGGACUGGGAGCUCUGACAGGGUUUACUGCAGGACUGUCCCUGUCCCUCUGGAUGGCCAUAGGAGCUUUCCUCAGCAAAGAUGAACAUGGAAAUGUUAGGGAAACUGCAUUUUGGCUUUACAGGGUCUCCUUCAUGCUGUACAGUAUAUUCACCUGGCUGAUCACCGUUCUGAUUGGCUACUUGGCAAGUCAUGUGACCAGGAAGGUUCUAAGCCAUGAGGACAUGACUGUAAACCCUUCUCUAAUAACUCCCUUAUUGAGGUGGGUAAAGCCUCCAGCAUGA